UGUCCCUCUCUUUUCUCUCCCUCUCUCUCACACACCCCAUCUAAGAUCCGCUACAGAAAGGAUAAGACGCUGUCUAAACAGAAGCCUACGUUUCCGGUGGUGACUGAAGUCAAAAACCUCUCCAACGGUUGUGCCAUCGCUGCUAUUGUACACUACUACUGCCCCGGCCUGUUGCGACUAGAGGAUGUGUGUAUGAAGGAGUCCAUGGCGGUGGCAGACAGCCUGUACAACCUGCAGCUGAUCCGAGAGUUCUGUGACAGCUGUCUGAAGAGCUGCUGCCCCCUGGUGUUGGAGGACCUGCUCUACACCCCACAGGAGCUCCAGGUCAACGUGAUGAGUUUCCUAGCAGAGCUACUGGGUUGGUUUGAGGUACGGAGGCCAGAGUUUGUUCAGCCACUGAACACCACUGAUGCUUCUGCACUGCUCAAGCCAACCAGUUUGAGCAAUAACAGCGGCUCUCCUUCCAUCUUCAAGAAGCCAUUCCUGCCCAUCUCUUCACCAGUGUCGCCAGGGCCUGUGCCAGUUGAGACCAGGGCAACGCCAUCCCAUCAUUUAGGAUCUCUGACUCAGUCUGCCUCCAUGUCUCAUGUAGAGGGAGCUGGGAGAACAAUGACCAAGAAGCCUUUCAGUCAUCCCCUGUCCUCAGCCAUGUCAUUUAGCAUUCCCUUCAGCCUGGACAGCGACGUGGACGUUGUGAUGGGCGGAGCCAUCACCUGCUCGGUCAGCUCUGACAACGUGGCCCCCGGCCAGACUGUGACCCGCGUGCCCUACACUCCCCCAGAGGACCUUAGCCAUCUGCUCAACAAGCCCCCAGCCACCCCGGGCUCCCACAGAGGCUCCUGGGCCACCCAGAGCUCCUCUGUGGUGCCCAUGCUGCUGAAGGAGAACUGCCUGGGAGACUGGGAAGGGGAGCUGCCCACCAUCGAGGAGGCCCUGCAGAUCAUCCACAACGAGGGCAAGAUGGAGCCCCGGCUCCACCCCGACGGGGCGGUCGAUGGAUUCUUCCUGCACUCGCCCGAUGACCCGGCCAGCACCAGACACAACGGCCACGCCACUCACCCCUCCCACCCGCCUAACCCCAUACCCCUCAGCUGCUCCGCCCCGUCCCGCUCUGGGAUGAUGUACCACCCCCACCUCCCCAUGGGGGGCAAGACGCAGGCACCCAGGGAGCAGCCCUCCUCCUCCCAUACCCGACACACCUCGGAGGGCUGGCGAGAUGACGACUCGUUGCUGAGGGACGGGAGCAUGGACUCUGACGCCUCUGAGGACCUCCUUCUCCUCCCCAAUGCCCAGUCCACGCCUGCUGUCCACACCAGAAGCCACGGAGGGGAUGACGACGCGCCGGACAGUGGCGUGAGGAUGACCAGCUUUGCUGAGUUCAAGAAGAAACUGUCGACAGUGGGCAAAUCACCUAAAAGCGGCAGCGCCAGCAGCAGUGAACCCGUCGCCCCGGCAGCAACGGCUCCGAUGACAAGCUGGGUGGCCCAGCCCCAGAAGUCGACAGAGGAGAGCCCCAGUAAGCGCCCUGGACUGACCACCGAGAUGUCAGAGCUGGGAGCCCGGCUGGAUGAGAAGAGGAAGGCCAUCGAGGCCCAGAAGAAACGUAUUGAGGCCAUCUUUGCCAAGCACCGCCAGAGACUGGGCAAGAGCGCCUUCCUGCAGUUGAAGAAGGAGCACAGAGAGGGGGAGAGAGAGGAGGAGGAGGGCGGUCAAGUCAGCGCCUUCUCCACAGAGGAGGACCUCGGGGGGCUGACGCUAGAGGAAACGCUGGCUCGCGUGGAGGACGAGGAGCAGCAGGAGGGGAACGUCAAACCUUCAUCACACCUGGACAACAAGCAGGCCUCCUUACCCAGAAGGGAGAAGGGUGCAGGGGUGGCAGGGCCAGGAGGAGAGCAGGUCGGGGUGGCAAGGCAUCAGCCAGCGCCCUUGGGGGUUUACAACAACGCCGUAUCAAAGCUGAACGCGGCACUAAGCUCCCUGCAGAGCGACAUGCAGCGCCUCUCCGAACAACAGGACCAACUCAUCAGGAAGAAGCCCGUCGCUCCCGCCAGCAACAAGUCCUGGGUGAUCCUGCCCAGUCUCAAAUCCUCGGCCCCUCCCUCGACCCGCAUGUCCCGCGCGUCCACCCCCCGUGACCUCGCCUCUGCCUCCUCUUCCCCCUCGUCAUCCCGCCGCAACGCCGCCAGUCCCACCAGAACAUCCAAUUCGCCCCAGGUCCAGCGCCGGGCCAAGUCGGUGCCUCCCAAGAGCCCCAAGCACCAGGCCACCCACUACCACCACGUCCGCCCCCAGUACCUCAAAGUGCAGGGCCUGUCGCGCGUGCUCACCCCCCCGAAGAAUGUGGACACUAUCCCCCACCUGCGCCGCGCCUCCCCCUGGCAGUGCCGGGACCAGAACUCUUCCACCUCGGGGAGAAAGGAGCGUGUGGGUUGUGGGAGCUCUGGGGCGCCCUCAGAGUGCUCGUUUGAGAGUGAUGUUCUGGCGGCGGGGUUUUUUAAUGGCAAGCGCAGCAGCCUGAUCGAGAUUUCUCUAUCAGCCUUGCGUGGGGACGAGGAUGACCUGAGUGUCAUGGAUGACUCCAUGAGCGACGUGACCGAACCUGAGAUGAAGGGAGGGGUCGGCUUCUUCUUUAAGGAUGGAAGGGUGUGGCCGGAGGACGAAAUGGCCCAGAGGAAAGCAGCCCUGAUGGAGAAACAGCAGAAGAGGGCGGAGGAGAUGAAGAGACGCAGACUCGAGCAGGAGGAGAAGAGCGAGAAAGAGCAUGCGAUCCGACCUGAGUGGUUUAACAUCGAGGGAUGUGGAGACAAGAGUGGUGGUGGCGGAGGUGAGGACAAGCCCCGGACCCCCUGUACCCACUCUUCGGAUAGCACGACCCAGCGGAGAGACACCUUUACCAGGCAGGAGUACGAGCGGAGGCAGCAGCUGAAGAUCAUGGAGGAUCUGGACGAGGUGUUGCAGCAGAAGCCCACCACGGUGCGUGGCGUGAAGAAGCAGAGACCCAAGACCAUGUUCCGGGACGACUUAGUGCUUUUCCGCUGCCCCACCAAGGGAUUAAUGGGCUCCAAACUCAACAAGGUCUAUUCCCACUCUACCAUGAACCUGUCCUCAAUGGCUAACAACACUGGCAAUAGCGGGACACUGGCCGUCAGGAAAUCUCCCAGCCGAUCUCACUCCCCCUCAAGGCUGAUAUCACCAGGACGAAUGGCCAAUCAGAACGGAGAGAAGGACUGGGAGAACGCCUCCACGGCCUCGUCUCCUACCUCCAUUCCAGAAUACACCGGGCCCAAGCUGUACAAGGAGCCCAGCUUCAAGUCCAACAAGUUCAUCAUCCACAACGCCAUCUCCCGCUGCUGCCUUGCCGGCAAGGUCAACGCACUGCAGAAAAACAAGAUUGUAGAGGAGAUGGAGAAGUGCCAGGCCAACCACUUCCUCAUCCUCUUCCGUGACUCCAGCUGUCAGUUCCAGGCCGUCUACACCAUGAACCCAGAGACCGAGGAGAUGAUGCGCCUGACGGGCAUCGGGCCUCGUGUCAUCAGCCCUGCCAUGGUGGAGUCCAUAUACAAGUAUAGUUCGGACCGCAAACAGUUCACCACCAUCCCAUCCAAGACCAUGUCCAUGAGCGUCGAUGCCUUCACCAUCCCCGGGCACCUGUGGCAGAGCAAGCGCCCAGGGACCCCCAAGAAGCUGGGGAACCCCAAAUAAUAAUGAGAACAUCUCAAAGAUGGAGGUGGUGAUGGGCGGGGGGAGGAAGGAGGUGGACAUAUCUAAAUCAGGGGCCCCUCUUCCCCCAGUCAACCCCCUCCUUUAUCUUAUAUUGGUUUGGUCCAGUGUUGGCUGUUGAUUUGGAGACUGCUUUAGCUCAGUAGGCUGGUCAGUUAGACCGCCAGAGGGAUCUGAAAGGAAUAAAUGACACUGGUGCCUAUACAAACCGCCUGUCCAACCAGAUGGUCUCUGUCCCUUUAAGACCAUCCUCGGUUGUAUUCACUGGGAAGAAAACGGACCAAAACAGGGAGGGACUACCUGAAUGUGUCCAAUAAGAAAAGCUUGUUUUUCGUUGCAAAAUGAUUUGCUACGGUGUGCACUAAUGAAUAUGACCCUUAUCAGCUCUGUGCAUGGGGGACAUUGGUACAUGUCAUGUGACAAGGGGGCAAGCUAAUCACUACUACUAAAGCCAUUCAUAGGGCUCUAUCUGUCACACACUACACCCCGUAGGUGCCUCUGAUUGCCCCCCCCCCCCCCCAGCCUGAUCUACCUAGUUUGUAAAAUAAUAAUAAUAAUGUUGUGAUAGGACUGGAAUGAACAAGCCGUCUUCCCACUGUACUGGGCCUAUCACCCCCAGGGUCUGGCUCCCCCAGCCUCCCACUGCCUUCCCUUCUCCCCCCUGACCCUACCUGCCUUCCCACUGUACUGGGCCUAUCACCCCCAGGACCUGGCUCCCCCAGCCAUCUACUGCCUUCCCUUCUCCCCCCUGACCCUACCUGCCUUCCCACUGUACUGGGCCUAUCAACCCCAGGACCUGGCUCCCCCAGCCUCCUACUGCCUUCCCUUCUCCCCCCUGACCCUACCUGCCUUCCCACUGCCUCCCCUUGACUAACCCCGUCCACAGUCCUCCAUUGUGACCUUAAACACUCGGUGGUGAGCGUGAGAGAGAACAUCUCACACACUGCCGCAGCUCUCUGAACAGAACAUGGGGGGGGAACAGACCUGUAAUCUCCCUCUAUUUCUCUCUCUCUUCUCUUUCAUCUGACCUUUCUUCUUUAAUUCCAGGACUCUUUCUCCUCCCGUCUGCUGCUUCUCCGUGCAGACGGGACAGAAGAACCCAAGCUGAAAAAAAUCAGACUUAGCAAUCUGUUCUCUCAUGAAUGUAGGGCGCACCCGAACCACUGCUCCCCCAGUUUUCAUUCGCCAGUCAAGGACUGGGAGGUACUGUAUUGGGCGGGUCCACUGAGGGCUCUAGCACUCUUGACUGGCUGCCUUGCCUGUCAGUCAGAGCGGUAUGAAGGGCUCCGCCCAUCUCCAACUCUACUUCAGCUGUAGACAUCUGGCUGUUUUUUUUACACCACUACUUUUGACAUGUGCUGAGUGAAUCUCUUCAGCCUUCGUGAGCAGAAAUGAGAACUCAACUCUUAAAAAAAAAAAAAAAAAUUGCUUUAUUUCCUAUUUCAGUACGACAGGAGGAAUGAAAAUAGCGUAAUAUUGUUGUACAUGAUUAUCUUGAUUAAUAAUAUUGGAAAAAAUGAAGGACUUUAUACUCUGUUUAGCAUUACCCUGGAUUCACAUUGUGUGGAGAGAAAAAAAGAACUAUGAAUACACUAGCCUGCUGCUUUACCAUUAGCGAGGUGUGUGUGUGUUUGAGAGAAGAGCGUGCAAGUGAGUGAAAGAACGAGCGAAUGAGUAGAAAAACUGUCUUAACAGAGACUUAGAGAAACAGAGACUUAGAGGACUAUCCACAAUCUGAGAAAUAAACCGAGAAGGACAAAAAUGAACAAGACGUGUCAUUUGAGAUCACACACACAGUAUAUGUUACCUGUGAAUGAAGGAUAAUCAGGACUCAGCCCUAAUUUGGUCCCUCUGCAGGGUAUGGUGUAAUACUAUAUGCAGUUUUGGGUAAGCCUAGACCCCAUAGGGGACACAUGGUGUUUCUGGUGUAACCUGUAGGCUCAAGUGGGUUCUGACCUCCUCUUGGCUUCAUUUAGCACUACAUCAGCUGAUGUAGGUCAGCUGUCAUCUCUCCUGUCUUGUUAUACAUCACAAACUGCCUCCAACAACAACAAAAUGUUUCUGUCGUUUUGACUGAAUUUCAAAUGGAGAUCUGAGAUUUUUAUUGUCUCUCUAAAUCAGCAUUUAUUAAAUGAAAGCGUGACAAUGGGUUUGUAUGUUCGGUGUAUAUUGCAAGGAUUGUGUGACUGUUGGUUUAAUCUGUUUGUAAAGAAGAGUACGUAUGUGAUAGUCAAACUAUAACUGGAUUCUGUGCAAUUCUCCUGUAGACAGACAAGUCAUGUAACCCCAAGCUGUGUUUAUUGGGUAAGGAUUGUUUUAGUUUCAAGAUUGUAUUAUUUUUUUCCAUUAAAGUGGUGAUUCACGUUCAUUUCAUAAGAAGUCAUGUUGUCUUUUUUAUUUUACUCUGUCACCACCGUGUCAAUGUGGGCGGAGUAUUUGUGUUCCUCUCAAAUUGUUCUUGAUUACAGAUCUAUCCCAGGUAACUGGACCAGGCUAAUACAAUCCUUUUAAAAAUCACCAUUACCCCUUAAAGUUUUUGUCAUGCUCAUUCUUAGUGUUUCUGAACCCACCUUUAAAUGAACAACGUUAUAGGCUUAACAAAGCCUUCAUGAACCCAUUAUAGGGCAACAUAUUCACAAAUAAUUUAGAUGCCAAAUUGUACUAUAUAUAUAAAAAAAAUAGAACAUCUAGUGCUUAUCCAAAUAUGACAGCUCUUAUUUCACCCUUUAUGUAUACAGAAUGGUAUUUGCUAAUAAAUUAUUUCUAAAGCAUCUACCGUAUGGAAGCCUUGGUGUUUAUGAAAGCUUCAUAAAACCUUUUAAAGUUACAUUGCCUAUCAGUUCCACGUUUUUAAAGUUUGAGAGAAUUUCUUGCCUUUUUAAUGUCUCUUUUUCCCCUCACUUCAUUUUGAUUUUUAGUUCAAGUCCGUACUAUCAUUGUCAGCAUUAGCAGAAUUGCACUGUGACUAAGAAGACUGCUUUGCUAAAUGCCAUGUGUGUAACAAACUCGUACCCUCUAUGGCCCAAGUCAACAAAAAAGUGUGUGUGGAAAUGAGAGUAUAGGUUGAACGCAUUCUUGCUUACACACACACACACACGAGACUUCCACUUUUCACAAUUCUUGUUUAUAGAGGUGUCAUGCACCCCAAAAAUCUAAGGGGGAACAAAGUGAGGAUGGCUGGCGGGUGGUUCGGGGGUGAACUAGGUCCCCCGUCUGGAAGUUGGCGAAUUUAGCAUUUUUCAAACACCUGAAACCACUUUCUCCUGCAAUCUAGAACCAUAUUCAUUAUGCUUAAUUAAAGCAUAUACCUCUUGAGCAGUCUGUAUCCUCUUGAGUGGUUGUUAUUUUAAUGAAACUAUAUAUGCUCAAAUCUGGGUACAAAAUUAAAGGAAUGUGAAUCUUAUUCAGUACAUUUAGUAAUUGCUUGCUUUUCUAAAGUCUACCAACCUUGCCAGCAGGCAUGCCAGCUAACAUAGACAAUCUAGCUACUAACUUGAUUGAUAGCCUGAAAUGGCUUCUUGGUAGCUAGUUGGGAGAUGGCUAGCCCAGGUGGGGAACCUAAAACCAACUUCAUAAAAUUGCGAGUAGUAUUACAGAGAAGGAACAACCAAAAAUUCAUAAAAUGUACAGGACAUCUCUGCUUGUAUAUUUCAAACCGGUCUUGUGGUAAAGGGAUGACAUACCUUACUCCAGAUUCUAUCUGACAUAAAAAUAGUACACAACAUUAAUUGUCUUGUCAAAUGAUAUAUGUCGUCUGCAUAAUGGGUGUACAUGAGAAGAGGAGGGAGCAUAAUGGCAGUGUUUUGGUUCCUACUCCCAUCUGAAUGUAUACUGACUAACUCGAGGUUUCAAACAAAUGAUCAAUUGGAGAUGUGUUUGAAUAAUGUAAUACUUAUCUGAAUAACGAUGAUUACUUGGGAGGAAGUACACAAAGUAGAUGGAUGUUAAGGGAUUUUUAUGAAUAAUGACUAAAUUAUGUAUACAUUUCAAUCAGAACUAUGACAACAGAAUACUGCUAUGUUACUGUAUGGAUGUGUGAAUCUUAUAAUCAUAAUACUGAAUGCAAUGUGUGUAGUUUUCAUCCAGAAUUAGGACAUACUGUUCCUUGUUAGAAACUAAUGAAGUUAUCGUCAGACUGGCUAGAAUGCUGUGUUCCUUACAGGACAUCCUGUCUCUACACAGGGAGAGGAGAGACCUUGGGCUAGUAGUAGAUUAUUUAACAGGUGGUGGACAAUGUGGGAAGGUUUGUGAACUAUACUGCCAUUGUAUCGGAGAGGAGGAAGGACAGAAUAAAACCGUCAUUUUUAAAUUGUUGUAAAUUGUACCAUGAUCAGUACUCUCGAGAAUAAACACUGUUGAUUGAUUUUGA